AUGGAGCGUCCAAGGGCCAGGCUAGUGGCAGACAUUCUGGAUCCAGGAAGGAGGGCAGCGCUGGCAAGACAGCCGGAUCAUCCCACGCAGUACACGUGCAACGAAGUGGGAGAGCCAAGGCAGGCGUGGCCCACACUGGUGUCCUACAAGCAGGCCAGGGGCUUGCGAGGAGUGGCUGGAUCGGGCAUGGUGUUCGACCAAGCAAGAGGGGAGUGGGAAGAAACGACGGGGCAGGAGAGAGAAUUAGCCAUGGGAUUCUUGGCACGAGCAACGGCAUGCCCGCAGAUGACCGAGAAGGAGCGCAGAGGAGCCGUGGGCAGAGAAAUGGAUCUCAAUGCCUUACACUGGUUGAUCACCUCCAUGAGCAACCACCUGGAAAGGAAGUGGCUGGAGCGGAGGAUCGGUCAGGCGACACAAAUACGGCCCCGGACCGAGCUGGCGGCGAACAAGGAGAUAGAGGCAUGGACAAUGCUGGACGGAUUGGAGGCGAAGGGAGAGAAUCAGUGGUGGAGGGGCAUACCCGAGGAGCAGCGGCACACCAGCUGGAGAGACGAAAGGUUCGGAGUGCCAGGCAGAUAUGCUGACACGGCGGAGAGUGAGGAAGAGGAGGAGGAAGAAGAGGAGGAGGUGGAGGAGGAGGAAAGUGGAGGACUUGGAGGAGGGGUGACGCCGGAGGAAUUCCAUGACUCGGACUUUGACAUGGAAGGAGUCAUGGACUUCUUUGACCCGCAUGACUGGCCGCCCAUUGGACCAGUGUCCAUGGCGCUCGAGGGUAAGUAA